AUGUGGCAAGGCAAAGCAUUGAUUGCCAAGGUGAAGAAGGACGUGAGGCUUCCAGAAGGCCAAGGUGACUUGGGCUUUCAGUGGAGGUAUGUGGGGGACGGUAGAGCCCCGAGGAUAACUUCCACAUCCCCCAGCUCAAUGGUUGGCCGCAUGGCGAAGGUGGGCGACUGCUUGCUCAGAGUCAAUGGCUUGGAUAUGGCCAUGAUGAGCGAGAAGCAAGUCACAGACCUUCUGAGACAGAGACCGCUCGAGCUGCGGUUUGGGGAUGAGUAG